CUUGUCGGCUCGCUAUCGCUCUCUCGCAGCCAGUCUGGCUGCAAACGAGGUGCGGCGAGUCCGCAACUUUUCCUUAUGCUGGCCCGUUCGUGCGCCGACCGGCAGACACAACAACGAGCUUAAGGAAUGGAAUGGAAACUGGUGAUUUUCCUGUGCUGGACAAUUUCUUGGCUCGAGACGAGCGGCGUCGUCAUAAACGGCACCAUCGGACACAAAUAUACCUAUCUUAUCAGUCAGAGUGAUAAUGUAGUCGUCAACUAUGACAUCAAAAAGUUAAACGUGACGAACCCAGCUCGGAUCCACGUGACCAAGAGCGGAAAUGAGAGCGAUCCGGUGUUCGUGGUGGUGCGGCAGGGCCGCGACGUGGUGUCUUGGGACCUGCCCUACUGGAGCAUGAGUGGGCAGCAAUACAACUUCGUGGCCCGCACCGUGUGUCCCUACAUGACGGACUCGGCGCUCUCGGUGACCAUUUCUUCGGCCAGCGUCCACGGAAUCAACGUGGAAAUGCACGUCAACGUGCAGGGCACGUACUUGCUCACUAAGGACAGGCCGGCCGAGACCAGCGCCACGCCCACCCAGCCCAGGUACUUCAGGUUCGAGUUUCCGCCCGAGACGGAGGUGGUUUUCGUAGAGGCUGUCAGCCCCAACACGUCCUGCGCCACGCUUUUCAUGUUCAAAUCGUGUUCGGUGCACCAGCUGAUUGAGCACUCCAACAUCAAAGAGAGUUAUAGGCAAACUAUGACCACGAAUGGAGGAUUAAUGGUCCAUCGCCACAUUUAUCCCAAGGGCUACUUCUACGUCGGAUUUGUGGUCCACUCAAAUGACGACAUUUGCUCGGAUAACGACACACUGACCCCAAUCGACGUAACGCCGAUUUCAAGCCCAAUCAGGAUUAAAAACAUCACGCUCACCAUCCACGACAUCACGCACGUCGAGAGCAUUGAGAGUUUGUUCAGCUUGAUCGGCUUUUUCGCGGUUCUCAUCGCUGUCAUCACUCUCUGCUGGCUGGCCUACACGCUAGGAGGAAAAGACUGCUGCGUUAGCUUUUGGACGAGGUGGCUGAGGCGGAGACGAGGCGCCAGCAGAUCUGUUCCAAACAGUCCAUUAGUGGGAAGUUCUGACGGAAGUAGACAGUCGGGAGCGGAUGGUGACACCUCUAUAAACCAAGAACACGGCCAGGCUCUUGACCCGCCCACUCGCGAUACAAACCAAGAGAAUCCAGUGCAAACAGAUUCAGACGAGGAGUUCCACGAGGUGGAGAUGAAGGACAUGGCUCGAAUUAAAAUGGAAAAGAUCGAGGAGAUCCUUUCAAAGUUCACAAAUAAUCAAGAAAUGAUGGUUUCUGACUUGUGCUGGCACAACGAGGAGGCUCUAACGGUCGUCACGCACCUUUUUUCCUGGAUCCUUGGUGUUGUUAUGAUUUACAACGGCCUGCCCGUCAUUUACAUGAUGCUAGUCUACCAGUUGAACAUCCAUAAAACGGGAGACAUGGACUGGUGCUACUACAACUUCUACUGCGCGCACCCUCUGAUGUUCUUCUCGGACUUCAACCACAUCGUGUCGAACGUGGGCUACGGCCUGCUGGGCCUCUUCUUCCUCGUGAUCAUCAAGGUAGAAAGCUGGAAGGUGAAGGACCCUGAGUGCGGGAUCCCGCGGCAGUUUGGCCUCUACUACGCCAUGGGCUGGUCGCUGUUUGCCGAAUGCGUUUGCAGCACCUGCUACCACAUCUGCCCCAACAGAUUCAACUUUCAAAUAGACACGUGUUUCAUGUUCGUGAUCAGCGUGGUGUGCAUGCUGCAGCUGUACCACAAGCGCCAUCCGAGCAUCACAAUGCACCCGAAAAACGCGUUCGCCUUGCUGGCCGUCCUCUGCAUCGUAAGCUGGCUCGGCGAGCUGCUCGACGACCACCUCUGGUGGUGGUUCGUGUUCGCCUUCCUGCACGCAUUAGUCGCCUGCUACUGCGCCUUCCACAUGUACUACUUUGGCCAGGGCUCCAAACUGCGGCCCGAAAUGAGCUGUAGAAGUUUUGAAUGGAUCAGACUGGCUCACCCCGUCAGAUUCACCUUCAUGGCUUUGUUUUUGUUCUUGAAUUUUGGCUUUGACAUUUACGGCCUGGUGGCAAUGCCUGAGAACUUCGCCUCAUUUUUGCUCUACAUUCUGAUCGCAAACCUGGGCCUCGGCACGCUGCUCUACGUGAUAAUGAAAGCGGUGAACCGCGAGGGCCUGUCCGUGCUGCCCCUGGCGUGUUUAUUCGUCAGCAUCGGCUUCUGGUGGGUCGGCAUUCACUACUUCAAGCAGUUCAGCACCUCCUGGGAGAGCUCGCCGGCCCUGUCGCGCACCCUCAACAAGCAGUGCGUCCUGCUCGGCUUUUUCGACUACCACGACAUCUGGCACGUCUGCUCCUCGCUCGGCCUUUUCUCCUUCUUCUGCUGCUUGUUCACCAUGGACAAAAAUCUGGAAAAAGUUCCUCGAUCGAGCGUCCGAGUAUUGUUUUAAACAAGAUAUAACUGAAAAUAAUGUUAUUUUUAUUAGUUUUUGUAUUCAUCAAAAAGCAAAUCCAUUAAAUGGAAAUAAUACACGCUUUAGCUUUAUUGCUUUUAAAUAUAAUUUAUUUUUUAAGUGCCAUCAGUUUUUCUGCAUUUCCAAUAAAUAAAUCAAUUAUUUUUA